UUGUUAAAUUUUUAAAUGCAUUCAUUAUAAUGUUAUCAUUUGUCUUAAAAUUUAGUGAUUGUAAUUGUUCUAAAUGUAAUAGUUAAUUAUUUUUUUUCCUCAAAGACGGUCGUUAGUGGAAGAGUUCAUAUCUGCUACAAGGACAGAUAUUUUUGGAACUGUCAAAUGAAACGCAACAUCCUAUCAUCUGAUUUGAUAAACAUGAAAAAAAAGUACAAAGGAGUAUUGUAAACAGUAAAUAAAUGGUGUGUAAGCGAAAUACAGUAACAGUAACAUUUUAAACUAAUGUUUAAUAAAAAUGAAAACUAUUAUUGGAAAAGUCGUGGUGCUGGGUUAUCAAGGUGUCGGUAAAACUUGCACUGUGAUACGAUACGUAGAAAAUACGUUUUCAAAGCAGAUCGCUCCAACUGUUGGUGCUUCUUUUUUCAGCUGUAAAUUAAACAUAGAAGGUACUCAAGUCACCUUACAGAUAUGGGACACUGCCGGACAGGAACGGUUCAAGGCGAUGGCCCCGAUGUUUUACAGAAAUGCGAACGCAGCUCUCUUAAUAUUCGACAUAACGUCGAGUUCUUCGUUCGAAAGCAUGAAGGGUUGGGUACAGGAACUUAAGAGGAACGUAGACGAACCGAUGGUUCUGUGUGUGGUUGGGAAUAAGAUAGAUUUAGCUGAUAAGAGACAAGUCACAAGGGAUGAAGCUGUGCAAUAUUCAAAGACGAUAGGCGCUUCGUAUAUGGAGUGUUCUGCGAUGGCAGAUCAGGGUAUUGGUUUGAUAUUUGAAAAGAUCGCGUUGGGACUGCUGCGACUGUCGGGCCAAAAAACGAACCACACGCUAAAAGUGUACGACGACGAUAUCAUGGCCACUUCGAGUGAACUGGAGGCGACAGAUACUGCCAACGAAGAGACUGUUAACAUUAGCAUACACAGCAUCGCUCACGGACGGACGGUAAAGUCUAAAUGCUGCUAGCUGCCUCCUUUUGUAUCAUUGACUUUGUUACCCAUUUAUUGUAAUUUAACUUUAUGUAAAUAUUUUUUAUAUCCACAUGUUUGCAAUAUUAAAAUUUUAUAACGAAA